UUGAGGCUACCGCGUCGUCAUGGCUGACACGGGCUGGCCAGGCUGUGCAAAGAGUUUGAAAGGAGUCAUAUUGGACAUGUGUGGCGUGUUGUAUGACAGCGGGGAGGGCGACGGGGUUGCCAUACCUGGUUCGAUUGAAGCUGUGAAAAAGCUCAAGGCAUCCGACCUGCAGCUGCGCUUCUGCACUAAUGAGACCCAGGCCACCAGGGAGAAGUUUGUAGCCAAGCUCCAGAGACUGGGCUUUGACAUCUCCGUGUCUGAGGUCUUCUCCCCUGCUCCUGCAGUCGUAGCUGUCCUGAAGGAGAGGGGCUUACGGCCCCACCUGCUGGUGUAUGAUGCACUCCUCCCUGAGUUUGACAGCGUCGACAAGAGCAACCCAAACUGUGUGGUGAUCGGAGACGCAGCUGAAUAUUUUUCCUACCAGAACCUGAACGAGGCAUUCAGGGUCCUUGUGGGCCUGGAGAAGCCAGUGUUGUUCUCUCUGGGCCAAGGGAGGUACUACAAGGAGACGGAUGGUUUGAAACUAGAUGUCGGGGUGUACAUGAAGGCUCUGGAGUAUGCCUGUGAUUUAAAGGCUGAAGUAGUUGGAAAGCCAUCCCCAACAUUCUUCCAGAGUGUUCUCAAUGACAUGGGGCUCCAGCCACAUGAGGCUGUGAUGAUCGGUGACGACCUGGUUAAUGACGUGGGUGGGGCCCAACACUGUGGCAUGAAAGGCGUACAAGUCAGGACGGGCAAAUACAGGCCCAGUGAUGAGAGGCACUCGACUGUGACGGCUGACAGCACUGUGGACAACCUGGCUCAGGCUGUGGACAUGAUCCUCAAUCAGAGGCACUGAGUACAAGGCAGCGGACACUGGAAACUCUCCAUUAACUGUGACCCUAGGUGAUACAGGCUGGUGCUCGAUAGUAUUUUUAUAUAGCUCUUAAAGGAUCUCUAUACGAUAUUCAGAGUAUUAAUAUAGCAACAAACUCUUGCUAUGUAAAGUAAAGUGAGUAAUGGUGUCAUGAUGCUUUUUUGUGUUGUAAUCCGAGCUUCUCUGUUUUUUGUUGCGGUAGUGGGUCUGGUCCGGCGUACACGUGGGUGUAUUCAAGUUCCCAGGAACAUCCUCCGAGUCUGUCACGUGAAAGGCCAAACAAGACUCGUUCCCAUAGACUUACAUUGUGAAAGAGGCAUCUGUAAUUCAAUGGAUGCAUUUUUUGGGGCGUCACAGCAUUCACGAAAUUCCUUUUGGUCCGAUAUCAUUUCACGAUUAAAACAUUUCUAUCCCUAUAUAAGUUUGCAGAGGGCUAAAUCAGGAGUUAGCCGCUCGGCCGUCGUAAGUCUCUAGUGCGCUUGCUCUAUUGGCACCACAAUGCGGACGAUCCAGGUAAUCUCAUACCUGAGAAAUCAAGCUUUUUGGGUUUUAAACGGGGCUCCGCGUCCAACUUUGUAUCCAGUUCUCUUUAUAGAUCCAUGGUGUGCAUCCCACUGGCUAGCUAAUCACUGCUGCUCUGCACUGCGCUCAUAUGGCGGUCACUGCUGAUAACAGGAUGGCAUCGUCGCAAAUUGGUAGCACCAACCCUCCGUUUCCCCGUUAGCUCUGUCAACACUGUUUGUGCUGUUAGCAUUGUUAGCUGCUAGCUGCCGGCUCAGCCACCUUUAUGUUGAGAGCCAUGUGCAGACAACCUCUCAGUCAUAGAUAGGAUCUGAGUAUCGUAUAGAGCUCCUCUAAUUGUUAUCUCUAGUAGGAAGGGUAUGUAGCACUGAGGUAUUUUAAGUAACAUGUCGUAGUACAAAACUAAAACACCAUCCACAUACUGUAUAUCCUGUACCUGUCAAUGAACUGUCAUAUAUGGGAAACACCCGCCCACCUGGUGCUCCACAUAGUGUAAAACAAACUAGGAUAAAAUUUGCAGAACCAUUAUCUGAGUCUGCAGGAGAUAAGCUUUAGGCCUGUACUGUGCAUUUGUCAGUACAUGAUUGCCAUAGAUAAGAUACCUCAAGCUGACACGAAUGUGCCUGUAACCAGCUGCUGACUGACAGAAGUGUAAAAUAACAGUGUGUGUUCAGAGUUUGUGCUGCUGUUUCACACUCAAAUUCUUCGAGGAGAUACAUGAAGACAGGUUAAACAGGAAAUGCACAAUUGAACUGUCACUGUAGUGUAUUUUAACGUACUUUAAUUAAGCCUGUUAUAUGAAGGUAAAGUUGCUUUCACUCACUCCCUUUACACAAAACAUGCACCGGCUUAAUAAAGCAGCAGGGAGUAGUCAGUAAAAUAAAUAAAGCUCUUUUACUAGCUGUUGAAAACAUUUUUCUCCCUGAAUUUCACAGAACUUGUUUUUAAAAAGGUCUCAAGGUCUUAAAGCAUUGGGGAAAACCUAGCCUUGGCUCUGGUUUAAACUGGAUUUUAUAUCGGAGCUGCUUUUGUUUUACAAAAACAAAUCGCUGGAAAUGGGAAGUGAGCUGGUCUCGGAGAUGAUAAAUGCAGAACCCAGCCGAGUGUGAUGAAUUACGCCGGCGCAUGAGCUCAUGUUUCUCCCUCUGUAAACAAAAAUGAAACCAGCGCUUCAUCAUCAGAGUGAAGAAUCGCGAAUCUACGACUGCUUAUCUUUAUUUACUUGACUGUAAGCCGCCUCUGCUGGGGGAUUGUCCCAUCACUGUUAGGCUGUUAAUUGCCGCUCAUUAGACGUCCACUCCAGUGUCUACAGUGAGGUUAAAUAAAAUGAUGAGGGGGGAAAAAAAUUGGUUAUUGGGCUUUUGUGUGCCAGCUGGAUCAUAGAGGCCUCUGGAAGUGGGGCGUAAAACAAACGAUUCUCCAUCGCUGCCCCCGAGGUUUUAGUGCACCAAAUAGAUUCAACAAGAACAAAAGCCCAUUGCCAAGUGAUUCAUUGAGGUCCUUCUGGUUCACUUCACCAUUCGCUGACACAAGCUUGAAUGUUAUUGGGCAAUUAAAGGUAAUGAAAUGCUACGAAGGAUUAUGAAACUGUGCCUGAGCCGGGUGUGCCACUCCUAUAUCUGAUUGGGAAAUAAAUAUUAAUGUGCACGGCAAAGUACUCGCAGCUGGUACCCAGUUUUCUAACAGCUUCCACAUUGUUUGACUCAGUGUUUCAUCCAUUAUGUUCCCGCCUGUUGGCCUUGUAUGGAGCUAUUAAACAUGUAUUUGACUACUCUCGAAUGAA